UAAGGUGACGAGAUUUUACCGGCCACCAGAGCUACUACUAGGUGCUGAAUAUUACAACUGGACAGUAGAUCUAUGGUCUGCCGGAUGUGUAGUAGGUGAGAUGAUGCGAGGAAAUGUAAUUUUUCCCGGCCGCAACGGAAAGCACCAGCUCAAGUUGAUAUUCACCUGCAUUGGUAGUCCUACAGAGGAAGACAUUCGCAUGAUGCGAGUCCCUACACGAAUUCGCUUUGACGGCAGAGUAAUUGUUGGCAGUGGUCUGAGCAAGCUUUGUCCGGGUGCAGAUAAACAGAUGAUCGCAUUAUUGGAAAAAAUCCUUGUGUAUAGACCAAAGGAGCGAUUGUGGGGUCCAGAAUUACUGAAGGAUAAAGCGUUUGACGCGAUCAUUCAGUAA